AUGUUCAUGCAGCGCGCUGCUCUGAUUGCUGCCCGCCGGGCCGCCGUUGCACCUGUCGUCCGCCGCGCCUUCACGACGUCGUUUGUCCGCUGUACGUACCCGAGACGAAAUUAUGAAGCAGAUGAGAUAUGUUUGCUAUUGUGGAUGCAACCGUGGGAGUACCCCAAGGAGGAUGAUGACAAGUCCUUGGCAUGGCACAUGAACAGGGAACGCGAUAAUUGCGAGGCCGCUCCUCCUACCAACACGACCCCCAAGAUCAAGUUUCUUUCCGAUGUCAAGACCAGUGCAGACCUUCUCGGCCCGGGUGCCCAGCCUGGCACUGUCCCCACAGACCUCGAGCAGUCAACCGGUAUCGAGCGUCUCGAGAUUCUCGGCAAGAUGGAGGACGUUGACGUGUUCGACAUGCGGCCCUUGGAUGCGUCGCGCAAGGGGACUGUUGAGAAUCCCAUCUUGGUUCGCUCCGCUGGUGAGGAGCAGUACGCCGGUUGCACGGGCUUCCCAGCUGACUCGCACAACGUCAUCUGGGUCGGCCUUUCGCGUGAGCGCCCCGUCGACCGCUGCUCCGAGUGCGGCAAUGUUUACAAGAUGAACUACGUUGGUCCCCAAGACGACGGCCACGGCCACCACGAUCACCACCACGGCUACGAGGAGCCCAAGACGUUUGCCGACUUUGUCAAGCCAGAGUACUGGUAA